AUGGAAACAAAAAUGGAGAGUAGGCAAUGGCUCGAUUUAAAUUUAAAAUGUUUAGACGUGAUUUCACAUAAUCGUUCUAGCAAAUUAGUUAUCUCAACAGAAAAUAUGUCAAAAAACCUAACUCAGAGCCAAAAGAACGAUCUUUCUCAAAUACUCAAAGUUAAUUCUUCUAUUUAUUUACAAAUUCCAAAUUUUUCAUCAGAUAAUUUUGAACAUUUUAUUUCUCCAGGAAUUGUUGUUAGUGUUUUUAAUGGAGGUUUUUCUGUUUAUUUUAAUCAACCAAUUGAUGAUUCAACUCCUUUUUUGGUUUAUUUUCUUUCUAUUUUGGUAAUAGUUUCCAGUCCCCUUCUUUCUCUCCCCAAGUUUUUUUUCCUAUAUUUGUACAGAAUAGUCAGACUCGCUUUUCUAAAAGAAUUAGUUUUUCCUUAG